CCGUUGUUCCACGCAGCCGAGUCGGCGGAGCCAGUUCUGGCGGCGAAGGCGAUGGGGAUGGGGAUGGAAGUGGAGGAGGCUUUGACACGUCACAUUUGGACGACUCGUUCUCGUCGCAUUUGAUGAAGUACACCCUCGAUCAGUACGAGGCCAAGCAGGAGCACGAGGCCAAGUCUGUGGUCGAGCGGUACGAGCUGGAGCGCGAGUCGACGCUGGAGCAGCAGGCCAUGGUCGAGGCCUUGGCCAGCGGGGCGGUCGAUGGAAAGGAGAGGAGGGCGAGGAAGGACGACGACGAGUGGGCCGGCGACGACGCGUCUCUUGGCGAGCAAGGGAGGAGGAGCGCCAAGACAAGGCUCACACCGCUUUCCGAGGCGCUUGACGGGCGCGGGCUGUACGGGCGGUAUCCGGUGCGGCACGGGACCGGCGUCCAUCGGUACACCAACGGGUCGGUGUAUGAGGGCGAGUGGAAGGACGACAAGCGAGAUGGCCGCGGGAAGCUGGUUUCGGCCUCGGGCGAGGUGUACGAGGGCGAGUGGAAGGCCGACAAGCGGCACGGGUUCGGCAAGCAUGUGUACGCCGAUGGGCGGGCGUAUGUCGGCCCGUGGCGUCGCGGGGCGAGGCACGGGCUUGGAAAGCUUGUCUAUGUCGACGGCACGGCUGUCCGCGACCGGUGGGUCUUUGGUAAGCGGCAGUACGACGAGAGCGUGAUGGGAGAGGACGAGGCAGUGGCGCUCGACAAGCACCACCGGGCGGUGCUGGCGCAAGGCGGGCGGGCGAGCGGGAGCCGGGGCGACGACGAGGAAGGGGAGCAGGUUGCUGGCGCAGAGAUCCGCGGUGGCCUUUACACCGGGGAGAUGCGAAACGGAAAACGGCACGGCUAUGGCGAGUGGGUCUCGCACUCGCGGCUGACCGGCGAGGUAGAGACGGUGUACCGCGGCGAGUGGGUCAAUGACAAGCGCGAGGGCCGUGGGUACUUUCGCGACGCAGCGAUCGAGUACGACGGCGAGUGGCGGGCCGGCAAGCGGCACGGUAAGGCGCUGGUGACGACGCUCUCGUCUGGCCAGCGGUUCAAGACCGUGUGGCGGGCCGGCAAGCGGGUGGCGUUCAAGGCAUUAGACGCACCAGCGACGCCGGCGAGCAAGCCACGGCACUCGCACGGAACGCGAGUCUUCCGCACCGGCGCUGAGUAUGUAGGCGAGCUGGAGUUGCGGUCGUCGCCGGCGCGGUAGGAGAGAGAGAGAGAGAGAGAGUGUGUGUGUGUGUGAGGGGUGUGUCAUGUGGUUCAUUGCUGCGUCUUGUUGGUGAGGGCCUUGAGCUUGCCCAUGAGCACGUCCGGGACGGCCGAGAUGUUGAUGCCGUUUUCAGCGACAAAGUCUGCGAGCAUGAACGAGGCGGCGAGGAGGCCACCACCGAUGCCGCCGACAAGCAUGCGCUUGGCGCCUGCGGUGGACUUGUAGAUGAGGCCCGAGGCGACGCCGGCGAGGAUGCCGUUGUACGUCGGGUCGAUCGGAGUGGUAAAGUUGAGCGAGGCCUCGA